AUGAAGUGGUAUGGCCAUGAGGCAAUUGCAAAGCAGCUAAUUCAACAAGGCGCCGAUAUAACAGUCAAGGACAAGGACAGCCGCACGCCGCUGCACAGGGCCGCCCUCCACGGCCACACUGCCAUCGCACAACUCCUCCUCGACAGCGGCGCCGACAUCACAACCCGAAACAAGAACGAAUGGACGGCGCUCCACCUCGCCGCAGACGACGGCCACACGGCCGCCGUCCGCCUCCUCAUCGACCGCGGCGCUGACAUCUCCGCCCGCGCCGAGUUCGGCCACACAGCGCUCGAGCUCGCCACCACCAACGGCCACACCGAGGUGCAGCGCGUGAUCGUCCAGAAGUUUGCAGAAGAAUCACUCACGACCGACGGUGGCAGCAGCGGGCUGAUCGAGGCCGCAAUUCACGGCUGCGACGCGGUCGUAAAAAUGCUCAUCGCCAGCGGCGCCGACACUACUGCGCGCGACUGGGACGGCUCCACUGCGCUGCACGGCGCGGCAAGAAACGGCCAUAUCGACAUCCUGCAACACCUCCUCCAGUGCGAGGCUGACAUCUCCGCUGUCGACACGGACAACCAGACGGCGCUGCACUCCGCCAUCUUCGCCGGCCAGCGCGCCGCUGCAGAGCUCCUCAUCGACAGCGGCAUCGACAUAGCUGUCCAGAGCAUCCUUGCCGAGGCCAUGGCGCUCCACCUCGCGGUCGAGGACAGCUGCGACACUCUCGUCGCCCUCCUCCUCGAUAAGGGCGCGGCCAUCGACGCGCAGAACACCUUCCAAGAAACCGCCCUCCACCUCGCCUGCGAAGGCGGGCGCGACCCAGUGGCCGCAAUCCUGAUCGACCGCGGCGCAGACAUGGCGCUCCGCGACAACCAGGGCCGCAGUGCGCUGCACCGCGCUGCGCAGAAUGGCUGCGAGGCUGUCGUGAAGGCGCUGCUGGAUAAGGGUGCUGAUGUCGGGGCGAAGGAUAAAGGCGGCGAGACGCCGCUGCAUUUGGUGGGCCAUGUGGCGGUGGCGAGGUUGCUGGUGGAUAGAGGGGCGGAUGGGAAGGUGAGGGAUGGGAAGGGGAGGACGCCGGCGGAGGCGGCGGUGGAGAGGGGCUGGCGAGGGUGGCGGCGGUGA